UUGAUCAAUUCUUACAAUUGCAGGCUGAGAUAAGCCGCUUGAGUUUAGUAAAGUAAUUGCUAAAUAUAUGAAAGAGACUCCAAGAGACUCGGAUUUGUUUCUGCUAUAUAAUUACAUGUAAUACAAAAGAAUUUUGUAUAGAAAAAUAUUUCCUCUUAUAAGGAAAAGUAUUUAUUAAAAACGACUGAAUAAUGAAAUACUACGUCUCUUGUAACAUGGAAAUGACUUGCUUGACUGUGUAAUCUUUAGCUGUAAAAAUGGCGAGCAAUUUGUUAAUAUUCAUUCCACAAACGCUGUGCACUGAAAAAUCCGGUUAUGUACUUGGUAAAGUAAUACAUGACACCUGCAGUGAUUUAAAAAAGUUCUACAUCAUCAGUUCGCGUAAGACGGAUCCAGUAGAUCAAUCAACUAAAUCUACGUUAGACAUUAUUGGAUAUCAUUCCAAUGAGAACAAGGCUAUUGACGAAUGUUUGGAACGUAAGCACGCAAACUGGGUACACAUUGUAACAAAGCCUUCAGAGAAUGGACGGGAUAAAGGAUAUUGUCUGUUGAAAAUCACUCUUAACAAUAAAAACAUUGAUCUGUCAACAAUGCGCACGAUGAUUAUUUUGUAUAAUCAGUGGGCUUUGCAGGGAACAGAAUUGUUUGAGAGCAAGACAACGUCGGGCGAUCACUUUCACGAGCUUGCUAAACUUGUACAGAGCAAAAAGGAUGAAUUGAAAAUCAAGUCUACAUAUGUUUGCAUCUGGGAGACUCUGCUGAUUUAUCACGUGUCAUUUUAUUUGCACCUUAUUUUGUUUCUAUCCAAGGCAACAGACAGAUUAUUGCCGAUUUUGAAAUAUUCUUCCCUUGGCUUGCAUAUCCAUGACUGGCUCGAGAAUGUCAAGUGGAUGUUAGCAACAAUCAUAAGGGAUAGAAGUAUUAAAUUGAAAACUGGAAACUAUGCUCUAGCAAUUGUAAUAGAUAUGGCACUAGGAAUCCUCGUAUUGCAAUUACUAAGAUAUUAUAUCAAAGAUCAGCCAUCGCAGCUCCUUCUAAACAAUGCAGAGAAAGUCGUGGAGAGUUUGAAGGAACUAAUUAAUUGGUUGAUGGGUGUACCAGCUGGUCUAAAGCUUAAUCAUGCUUUAAACAAUACUAUGGGCAAGUUUUUUUUGUAUCAUAUACAGCUCUGGUGGACAUUUUUGAUAUUCUUAAAGCCACUUCUGGAUCUCGCAUUUGAAGUACUACUCUUGUUUGGAAAGCUUGGCAUCACAUUUCAAAUAUCCAUCGUUGCAGACCUUCUGGCUCUCGUCAGCUUCCACACGUACUGCAUUUACGUUUAUGCAGCAAGGCUCUUUAAUAUCCAGCUGAGAGGAAUCACGGCUCUCUUUAGACUUUUCCUUGGGAAGAAGAAAAAUCCCCUGCGCGAAAGAGUGGAUUCUUGUCUGUAUCAGACAGACCAACUGUUCAUCGGGACGCUGUCAUUCACCAUUCUGCUGUUUCUAAUGCCCACAACGUGGGUGUAUUACACUGUAUUUACUCUGGUAAAAAUAUCUGGUUUUAAUUUUUUUAAAUUCUUCCGAGAUACAAUUGUGGUAUUAUGUAUAGCUUGGUUGCAGCUCAGAUUAGUGUCCAUCGCAUUUGGUGGUUUUCUGACUAGGCUGAAAUUCUACCUGCAAGUUAUGCCUGUUUAUACCUUUUGGAGAUGGUUGCUGCGGUCUUACUGCACUUGUAGUAUCGUUGACAUCAGAUUACAUCCUUUCUAUACACAAGAAAUGACAGUGUUAUCGAUGACGAUGGUUGUGGCUCCUUGGAGGUUCACAUGGAAAAAGUGUAUUCCAGAUACAAUUGUUUGCCAUCCAUCCAUUGAGUGGUGUACAAUAUUGAAUAAUGUUAUAUGGGGCCAUUUAUUAUAUCCGUUAUAAAGAAACAUUAUAUUAAAUGUGUUAAUAUUUUUUAUUUACACGCUAAAAGACAU